GAGGCCUGUCCAGAAGGCACUAGAGAAGCGCUUUUGCCUUAAACCCAGACGCAUGGGAAGGGAAAGACACAGCUCCGCUUUGCUUGACUGUUUCCCCCCGAGAUGUUGCUGCAAAGGAGUUCAGGGAAGGCGUUUUGGCAAAGAAGAGAAACACGACAACUGCCCGAACCUUCACCGCUAUUGGGAGCCGGGCUGUUUUUCUUACUGAAAUCACACGUCCCUUUGAUAGAGAUGAGGGGGGGGGCCCUCGCAGCAUGACCUGCCCUCCGGUGCAGCCUGCAAGCCAAGAACCUCUGAGAAGCUGGUGUGGAUCGAGCCCGUCCCCGCCACGAGGUGUAUCAGAGGCAACGUGUGAGGUUGUUCGGGGUUGCUGUGCCUGACGCGCUCACACGGGCAGCAGGGGCCAGAGGCUUCAACCGAAACGGCAGAGCAGGCUCUUGGACUCUUAUUCUAUAAAAUUCACAUCAGAGCAGCACAGGAAAAGAUCGGAGAGAAGAGCUUCUGCUCUACUGACAAAGAUGCUGGAGAGCUCUUCUGGCCUCAUUGUCCUCAUCCUGCUUUUCAUUUUGCUGCUCUUUGUGGUGGUCAUCAGGAAAAACGGCACUGCUGCCCUUAUCUGGAAUGAAAUAAUCCGGGAGAAAAUCACGAAUUUCAUCAUGAAUAAGAGCAAAGAACAGAGGAUUUUAAAUUUCGUGCUGCAGAAUGCAGUCCGAGGAGACCCCCGUAGUGUGAUGGACACUAUAGAUAAGUACUGCUCCCAGAAAGAGUGGGCCAUGAAUGUGGGCGAUGAGAAAGGUUUAAUUCUAGACAAGACAGUGGAAGAGGUCCAGCCAUCAGUUGCACUGGAACUGGGAACAUAUUGUGGCUACUCAGCAGUUAGAAUUGCCCGGCUCCUAAAGGCAGGAGCUCGUCUCAUCACUGUAGAGUUCAACCCAGAAUUUGCUGCUAUAGCUAAACAGAUGAUUGAAUUUGCUGGAGUACAAGAUAAGGUAAAAGUCCUAGAAGGCCCUUCAGAUGAAAUUAUCCCUCAACUGAAGAAAAAACAUGAAGUGGAUACACUGGAUUUUGUGUUCCUGGACCAUUGGAAAGACAGAUACAAACCAGACACCAUCCUACUUCAGGAAUGCAACUUGCUGAGGAAGGGCUCGGUUCUUCUGGCUGACAACAUCAUCUUCCCAGGAGCUCCAGAUUUCUUAAGCUAUAUCCGCAACAAUCCCCGUUUCCAAUGCACUAACUACCCAUCUCAUCUGGAAUAUAUGAAAGUGCAGGAUGCUAUGGAAAAGGCUGUGUUUUUGGGGUAAAGAGAGCCAUUCAUACUCAACCUUCGUUUCAAACUACAUAAAUGCAACUGCACAGGUUAAUUUGUCCAUGCUUUAAAUUUUGGAUUUUUUGCAUUUUGGAGCCUGUAACUAAAGCAAAUGCUAGUGGAGAUAUUCAGUCCAGGAGGAAACCAAAAUUGGGAGUAAGUAGGGUAACUGCUCCAAGGUCUGUUCCACUGUUUCACGUAAUCCAGCAAACCCAAGGUGAUGCACAUUGCCUUGCCUUGACCAACACAGCAUCAGACACACCCAACUCAAACCCAGACAACCACAGUUUGGUCUUGGGGUGUAGCAGAGAAAGUCGCUGCACUUCUGCAGUCUUGUGUCCUCAAUCUUAACUGAUUAAUCAAUAUAAAGAGUAAAAAAAAGUGUGCAUGUUGCAAGAAAAGACCAUCUCAGAAGCCCUGAUUUUGCUAAAUUACUAGCAUGCCACUUAAUGCAGGGGAGGCUUCUAUCACAGUAACUGAUACCGAUGGCAGAAGACAAAAUUAUUAAUCUGCCCAUGCAGAGGCAGGGAAACCUGAAAUAGUAAAUAAUUAAAAUAAACGCAGUAACAGACAGACAACAAAAGGAGCAGGCUCUUUCCAAAGGAAUACCCAAGCCUACAUGGUAUCAGAAACCUAAUGAAAAUGCUGUUUAUUCCCUCAUAUUUACUUAUCCCCUCAUUAUUUUGUAUAUAUGUAGUGUGUGCUUUUUAGGGGCAGGGCAAGCUGCUUACUCUGAAGUGCUGUGCAUGUUGCAGAUGCUGUAUAAAAAUAAAGACCACAGGGAACGGGUUUUACCAGCUGGGUCCUGCCCAUCCUGUUAACCUUGGUGCUGUUAACACUAUGCGAGUAGGGAGGGUUGUCAUUGAGAAGAUACAAAGUCACAUCUGAAGUCUCCAACUCACCUGCUCAAUGCAAAAACCCACCAGCAUUUCCUGGCGUGUCCUGCUGUGAUUACAUAGUGAGGUGAUGGUUGCAUUUUUAAAUAAAAACUAAAAAACCAAUAGAGCAGGCACGUGACUUCCUUUGUUUCCUGCAAAUUCUGUCCUGCACUUGGGAUUUCCAGCCUUGGAACAGCCACAGAAAGGUUCAACAGCUGAAAAAUCAAAGUGAAAAUUGGGGGUAACCAUUUUAAGCUUUCCCAUUAUGGAUUCUUUCAGACCUGUUACCAGCUUCUUCCUUUUAUAUCCCACUUUACUGAGGUGGCACCUGCCCCAGCCCAUGUGGCUCAGCCAGUCUAUCUCCGGGACACCAAUAAAAAGCAAAGCAGAGAACUGCCUGGCAGUAUAAAAGAAAACUGGAACAGACUAAGGUGACAGAGUCAGUUUGGAAGUGCACCAAGUAAACCACUGAUACCCAGCCAGCUGGUAACAUGUAUUUCACAGGGAUACGAGAAGGCAGAAUUAUCAAUUUAUUUAAAAAUUAAAACUUUGUCUCAUUGAGAAAGAUUUACUAUACUGAAUUAGAUUGUACAGAAGCAGCCCCUGUGACUGUUGCGUUGUCCUGCAGAGGAGCAGGCCCCGAGUUCCAGCACUUCCAUCUCACACUGUGAAUAUCAAUGGUUUAUUCUGUAAGCUUGUGUAGCAGCACAUCCUCUUGCUAUUCAGGCUCAACUCAAAGUCACUGGGCCAAAGUCCUUCAGGUGAUUCCAAGCAUUUUUUGCUAAAUUUGAAAAAGAAAAUAAUCUUCCAGACCAUUUACUGGCAUACUCAAGUUUUCAGAAAAUCUGGGUAUGUACAGUUGACAGGAUUUUUUUUCUAAGGUAUUGACUCCAAAGAAUUCUCUUUCGUUUCUAACUUUAGACACCUUUGCACCUAAACACAGUCCUGCCGCAGCGGGGCACUUUGAACACAUACUGACCCACAAAAGAAAGUCUCAUAGAUCCAUGCUGAAGGAUGCGUAAGGGUAAACUGUUCUGCACUUUACAUUCUUAUUGCUAGUUAGUGGCCAAAAUUACCAUCUGAGAGGCUGUCAAGAAAAUUAGGGAAGGAAGGAAUCUGUAAAGUUAGCAUGGAUAUUUCAAAAGAUGCACUUUGCACAGUGAAUAAUGUAUGUGUAAUAUAUAUGCAAAUAAAACAGCUACAUUUUAGUACAUAAAAGAUAUUUUAAUUUUUAGACAGGAUCUCCCACAUGGCAAAUUGUAAAAAUAAACACAGUUCAUGUAUCACCAGAUUA